UGUCCCAGCCCGGGUUUGCCCCGACCCCGAAGUGCCACCUGCAGAAACCUCCCCUCCCCCGCCGCGCCGCACCGCGACCCGGGGAGGCGAUCUGCCCGCCCCGGGGCAGAGCCGCGUUCUCCUUUGUCCUGGAGGUUCUCUGCUCCGAGCCCAGACGGGAGGUGCGCGAGCUCGGGUUGCACUUGGCCAAAAGUUUAGUUUGUGGUGUGUCCCCGCUGCACAGCGGCAGCUUUUCCAGGGUGGGUGGCUGCCUAACUGGACUUUUGAUUCCCUGCGGCCAGUUACACAGUUAAAACAAAAGGGCUUCAAGCAGAAAGCCCCUCCUCGACACCACACUAAGCGCAAAGCUCACGGCGCAAGCCGUCUCGUGUGGUUCUUGUUUGAAGGCUUGAAGUACGGAAUACCCUCAGACUGUCGCUGGGGGAGGCUUGUGGUCCUUAGAAAUUUGUCAACAUAGUUGCCACUCUGGUCCUCAGAAUGAUGCUUUUCAUCAGUGCGUUUUCUCGUUGGGGGUGAUUGGAACCGGUUUUGAAAGGCUUUCCCGGAGGGUUUCUAGCACGAAAGCUGGUGAUCGUGGCAGGACAUUGAAUAGUUGACACUCGGAAGGGGUUACUAUGAAUGCAGUCGCCCCUUUCUCUCGCUCUUCAUUUGGUUUGGAUGCUCUUGAUGUUCCUCAAGUUCAUUCUUGAUCACCAAAGUAAAAUACAAGACGAGUUGGUGGCAUCUGGUUGCUUCCUGUGAACGGAGGAUCCCUCUGAACCUUUUGUGGUUCAGCUUUUCCUCUGAAGGAAACAUUUUCCUUCCGUCUUGAAGGUCCUUAUUUUAUUUAAGUUUGCCUUUUGUUGAUGACCCAAAUCAUGGGGAAGCGGCAAGCUGAAGCCAUUGGGAUCCGGUGGGGUUAAUGGCCUGGAACCAUCACCAACCCUGUCUUCCCGUCUGGGGCUUCCUGUGGGACCUCCUUCCUUCCUGGCACCUAGUGGAAUGGCCAGUCUUCCUGCUGCUGCCUUUUCGAUGACUCCCCGUGGGAAGGGUGCCUAAACUUAGCACGGUGAGCUGGGAAAGACUGGUCAGUCUGUAAGGCUGCUUGCUUUGAAUAUCUGCGACCUGACACGGCCUCUGCAGAGAGGGUUGUGAGGUAAUUUAUCUAACAGGCUAUAUCAAAUACCAAAACAUUAGCAGCAACCCCACCGGAUCCCAGAGGGAAAAAAGGCUUAAAAUGGAAGUUUUGGUAUUUGAUAUAUCAUCUAUAAAACUUAUCAUCUAUAAAACUACCAUCCUGUAACUCCUUAAAUUCCUUCACUUAGGACAUGUGUAUCCAAAAAAACCCAUUCACCAGUUACUGUUUCCCAAGUCAUACUUGUUGGAAAAUAUGUUUGUCUUGGUCUUAUGAUGACCUGUGACAUCAUAGUUUAUUUCUGGAUCUAUUUCCAUUGUCUUCCUGAUUUGAGGUUGUGGUUAGGAAGUAGUUUUUUCAUCUGUAAUCUGGAGCUGCUGGUCAGAUGAUUGAUGUAUUUCUGAAGUUGAUGGAUAUUGUAAAUUGUUCAUGCUCGGAAGUACAUAUUAGGUGGCCAGCAUCGAAAUAUUCAACCUUUCAGUGACGAGGAUGCAUCGAUUGAAACCAUGAGCCACUGCAGUGGUUACAGCGAUCCUUCCAGUUUUGCUGAAGACGGACCAGAAGUUCUGGAUGAGGAAGGGACGCAAGAAGACUUGGAGUACAAGCUGAAGGGCUUCAUUGACCUGACCCUGGAUAAGAGCGCCAAGACCAGGCAGGCGGCCCUCGAGGGCCUGCGGAGCGCCCUGGCUUCCAAGCUGCUCUCCGAGUUCCUCCUGGAAAGAAGGAUGACUCUGACCGACAGCAUCGAGCGCUGCCUGAAGAAAGGGAAGAGCGACGAGCAGCGCGCAGCCGCAGCCCUGGCGUCUGUCCUCUGCGUUCAGCUGGGCCCCGGGAUCGAAAGUGAAGAGGUUUUGAAGACCCUGGGACCGGUCCUGAAGAAAAUCAUUUGCGACGGAACAGCUAGCAUCCAGGCGAGGCAAACAUGUGCCACGUGCUUUGGCGUUUGCUGUUUCGUUGCCACAGACGACAUCACUGAGCUGUACGCGGCCCUGGACUGCCUGGAGAGCCUCUUCUCCAAGGCCGGCCUCAAGGAGAAGGACGCCCUGGUCCUCGGCAGCGGCCCCAGCAGCGGGCUCCCCGUCAGCGCGCUCCUGGCGUGGGCGCUGCUGCUCACCAUCUGCCCCGCCAGCGAGCUGAAGAAGAGGCUGGAGACGCAUUUCCAUAAGCUCCCGAGCCUCCUGUCUUCGGACGACGUGAACAUGAGGAUCGCGGCCGGGGAGACCUUGGCGCUGCUGUUGGAACUGGCCCGGGGCAUGGAGAGCGACUUCCUUUACGAGGACAUGGAGUCUCUGACCGAGAUGCUGAGGGCCCUGGCGACCGACGGCAAUAAGCACCGGGCCAAAGUGGACAAGCGGAAGCAGCGGUCUGUGUUCAGGGACGUGCUGCGGGCCGUGGAGGAUCGGGAUUUUCCAACAGAAACGGUUAAGUUUGGUCCUGAGCGCAUGUACAUCGACUGCUGGGUCAAGAAGCACACCUACGACACGUUCAAGGAGGUCCUGGGCUCCGGCCUGCAGUACCACCUGCAGGCGAACGAAUUCCUUCGCCACGUGUUUGAACUGGGGCCCCCGGUGAUGCUCGAUGCUGCAACACUGAAAACGAUGAAGAUCUCCCGCUUCGAAAGGCAUUUAUAUAAUUCCGCAGCCUUCAAAGCCCGAACAAAAGCUCGGAGCAAAUGUCGCGACAAGAGAGCAGAUGUGGGCGAGUUCUUCUAGAUUCACGCGAGAAGACCACUUCCUGGUCCCCAGUUCCUUCUUUUGUAAUUUCUCAUGUAUUUAAACUCUGUAGACAGUUUUUAUCGCGGGUCAACCUGGAUAGCUUUUGUAGCACGGGUUCGGUUACUUAUAAUUUAAUGUGUAGAUUGCAGCUGUGAGUUCUGAUUACGGACUUUUCUCUGUAAAUAUCAGUAAACCAUGAAGAAGGUGUUUGUGAUGUUUGGUCAUUUUUGUCUAUUUAUGAGGAAGCAAAAAUAGGGUAUUUCAUAAGAAAACUAUUAGCCAAGAUGAACUCUACCUACUGCGGUGUGUCAGACAUUGAUUUAAUGAUACCGAUAUUACAAGGCAUUUCAGAUCUUAGGCAAAUGAGUUCUGGAGACAAUUUUGGCAGCUAGUUUUUUCUGGAAAAGCUGCUGUGUUUUUAACUGUAAGUGGAAGCUGAUGCUUUUACCUGAUCCCUGGGACCCACGAAGGGAAGGCGGCCCAGCUGUGGGGCCAGCACCGUGACCGUGACACUAACCGCCUGUUGUGAGGCUCCGCGCUCUCCAUCCCCAAAUAAAGAUCUUUUCACACGAA